CAUUAAUUCAUCAAUACUGACUGAUAUCACGAUAAUCAGAAUCAAGGAUACAAAGAAAUAUCACCAUGUCAUCUCGUCCAGCAGCCCCGACAAUCCCGUCGGUGAAACAGUCUUUUAUUACCAGCCAAACAACACUUCUUUCCCAGCCUAUCGCCCCAUCGCGUUCAUGGCAAGAAACCAACGACGCGUCAGAUGAGGCUAUCCCCGACCGCGUUGUCCAAGAAGUCCUCUAUAAUCUCAACCACACUAUCCAGCAGCAUUGCCGUCGCGUGUACCCUCCGCAAGCUAGUCGCAGCAUCGCUGAGCAGAUCAAUGAUGUUUACACUAAAGACGCUGAGCGGAAGGUGGGGGGACCUGCUGAUACCGAGGGUGGUAUCGGCAGAGAACUUGACUUGACCGAAGACGAAGCUAUAGAAGCGUUGCCCACUUCAUGGCACUUGGAAAAAGACAUCAACGAUCAUCCCAUGGAAACCAAGCGCUACGCAGACGCCGUCCAGCAACUCACUGAACUCAACGACCAGCGCAAGCAACUUCGAGAGCAAGUCGCGCGCUUGAAGCGCCUUCAGACUAUCGUCGAGCCACUUCAGACUGAUGAAAACGGCGCCGGUAUCCAAGAGAAUCUACUCACCCGAAAUGGCCCGGUUGAGAAGGAGCUCGAGAGAAUGAGAAUCUUACUGGCGAGAGUUGGUGGCCGUGUGCUUUCGCUGCCUGGGGAAGCUCCGAAUGGUGAGGCGAAGGAAGUCAGUUUGACUGAGAUGGGUGCACAGGGGCGGAAGAGACGUGUUGAUCAAUUUCUGGCUGAUGAUAAAGUGUUUCCCUCAUGAUCGCGCAUUGAGAAUGGGUUACGAUGAAAUGCCAAAGCUCCCAGCCCAAUGGCAGCCCAGAGCCGACUCUCCUUGCAGGACGCAGCUGUGGGCCAUCUGAAUCCCACAAAAUUCGCUUGUGCACUAUGUCGCAUAUCGCUUCUUCGGGUUCGGUUGGUCAUCACCAUCUGAGAUGCUUGACGGGAAGGUCGGCUUAUUACGCGCUGAAAAGCGAGGCCUAUCUAAAACGAGAGAGGCCUACCCUAGCUAUGGGUGAUUCUCUAUACCUACCAUCGGUCCAAGACCGCUGUUGAACGUCCGGGACAGUGAGUGGUUGUCAGGCUUGAAUUGCAGAGCCGAGAGUGCACAGUCAGCGGCUACGAUCAGGGGGACUGGUGCCAGUCAGUCUUCGAAACGUCUCAUGUAUGCGUUAACGACUGGUUGUUGGACAAAGAGAUAGCGUCACCGAGGCUCAACGUCCAAGAAAUAGUCACUCAUAUUGCAUGAGAGAUUGUUCUUGAGAGAUCCUUCUCGCUUGUGGUGAUAAUCAAGAUAUUUGCUGGUAUUUCUGAUUGGUGAGACCUGCAAACGGUAAUGGCCCAAGCCAUUGACAUAAUUGUCGUCAUAUAUCGAGCUUCAACGACGGUCAGCGUCAAUGAUCAAGGAUUUGGUGCUCUUGCUCAGAGCAGUCAUUGACCCUUCAGCUUAUGUACCACCAACGGCCUCACUGCCGAGGCUAAUACAGGACCUCUGUUCCCAAUCUGGCACUGGAUUGUCUUUCUGGUACGGUUUACAGUGAUAUAUCCCAAUGAAUUGUGCCCUGUGCUACCCUUGACUCACACGUUAGCCUAAGCUUUCAUCUCGCGUACACAUGUAGACAAUGCGUGAGACACUGUUUAGCCUUGCUGCGUCACUACUCUCGUCGGUAGCGAAUCAUACAAGCUGACCAUUCAGAGUUAUUGUUAGUCAAUUGCUCUUUCUGUGUCGUCUGCCAUACGAUAUCGUGCCCAGUUGAAGGAUUGGCCGUGGUCGAAUACCCGAGAGUGUACAAGCUCAAGAGAGAACCAACACAGACGUCUAGUUCUUACCAAU